UUUUUGUGUGUUUGUGAAUAUUGAUAAUAGUGAAAACAUAUACAUACAUACUAUGUAUAAUAUACCGGUUAGCCUUCGGCAUGCGACUAACUAAUGUGCUAUAUUCGUUAAAAAAAAAAUAAAAAAAACUGCAUACUUUUGCAACAAAAUUCUAUGGACAAAUGAGCAACUUUAAGGAAAAUUAAUUGUUUGAGGCUGCGUGUGUGUGUCCAAGAAAUUUGUGGUGAAACCCAAUGGACGUUCACAUGGACAACGACAGAGACAGCAUUGUUGAUUACAGUUUUGAUUGCAGGCGUCGCAGCAGAGCAGCAAAUGUUACACGAAAGUAUUAUUGAUAUUGUAGAUGAGCAAACGCAACAAAAAACACAAACAACAAAUAAUAACAAAACAAAGCAAAAUCAAAGCAAAAACAAACACAAACGCAAACUGGCACAUACACAGACAUCGCCACCGCCGACCCAGACACACAGCGUACGCAUGUAUUUGGUGGCUGCAUUAUAAGAAUGGAUAGCUCUAGCAACAGCAACACGGAUAUGCCGGAGUUGAAGCCGCCUAGUGCCGGCACUGCCGGCACCGGUGCGGCCGUUGCUAGCGUUGCAUGUAGCAGUCAGACGGAGUCGCUUGCAACAACGCCACAGGAUAGUCUAGCGGCGGCUGAGACUACCGCUGGCAUGGAUUGCGCGACUACGACGACGACGACGACGAUGAUGACAGCCGCAGCAGCAGCAGCGACAAUAACGUCCGCAGCAGCGGCAGCUGCCGCAUCAUCAUCAUCAUCAUCAGCAGCAGGUUUAACUGCAGCAACGCUUAACCUGCCGCCGCCUACGCCACAACUUUUUAGUUCCGCAGGCGAGGCAGCUGCUGCUUCCUUAAGUUGUGUUGCUUUACUGCCAGCGCCGACAAUAGCAUCAGCGCCGACGCCGACAGCGACGGCGACAGCAGCAGCAUCUUUAGAGCAAUCCAGUACAACAGAUAUGCCUUCAGCUCCAGCUUCCAUAGGUCCAAGUGCCAGCGAUUUCGAUUCAGAUACGGAGCUAUCUGUUGUCGCGGCAGCAGCCGCGCAGCGGCAGAUGCACAAGCACAGUAUUGAUCCAACUGAGGCGGGCACGGGAUAA